AUGUCCUUGAAUUGGCUACGGUCGGAAUUGGAAUUUCGGGUUCAGGAGCAUCCGAGCGAGCUUAAAGUUUUAGAGACUAUGGUUCAUCCUAGGGCAUUUGCUGCAGUAUUUGAUUUAGUUUUCACUAAUUUUGGUUUAGUUUUCAGGCUCCGACAGUUGGAAGAAGCUGUGAACUGGUGUGUGAUUGAUGGUGGAAUGGGCUCAUGUCUGAGGGGGGUGGGAACGGGGUUGAGGUUUGGGGCGGUUUUAGCUGGGGGUGAAGAGGGGAGGGCAGGGGUGGGUGUGGGUGCUAGGUCGGGUGUCAGGGAUGGUGCGGUGGGCUUGGAAGAGGAGGUCAAAGCGAGGUUUUGGGAGGCUUUGGAUGAGGUGAUGAGAAGCUUGCCUAGUUUGGAGAAGAUUGUCAUAGCGGGAGAUUUCAAUGGGUAUAUUGGGGUUUUGCCAGGAGGGUAUGACAAUGUGCAUGGAGGUUUUGCUUUCGGUGAUAGAAAUGAUGAAGGAGCGGCUCUGUCGGACUUUGCGGGGGCUUUUGGGCUGGUGGUAGUGAAUUCAACCUUUUUGAAAAAGGAGGAUCACCUGAUUACCUUCUGA